AUGAUAAUCAUUUCAUGGAACGUUAGAGGGGUGGGUUCAAAGCAGAAAAGAAGACUCAUCAAAGAAUCCGUGGGGAGGAGAAACCCCGACGUCCUCUAUUUUCAGGAAACUAAGGUUCCUUUCUUCAAAGAUGAUCUGAUGGCCACCCUGUGGAAGGCUAAAGAUGCCAAAUGGGUAUCUCUCAACACUACGGGCAGUGCGGGAGGCAUUCUGGUUGCGUGGAAAUCGUCCGAAUGGGAUCUUGAGCAUUCCUGGGUUGGAGUAUUUUCGGUUUCAGUGAUUCUCCAAGAUAAAUCAGCAAAGUUUCAAUGUCUCAUAUCCGCUGUGUAUGGCCCCACUCUCAAUGCCAGGCGAUCAGAGUUCUGGGACGAGCUAACAGCCUCAAGACAAUCCUUCUCUGGUCCUUGCUGCAUCGUUGGGGACUUCAGUAUCACCAGAUUCCCGGAAGAACAUUCUUGGAGUAGAAAGCCCUCCCUAGCUAUGACAGUUUUUUCAGAUUGGAUCGAAAAGCAAGAGUUAGUCAAUCUUCCAUUACUUGGAGCUAAAUUCACUUGGACCAAUGGGAGACUGAAUUCCAUCCUUUCUAGACUCGACAGAUUCCUAGUCUCCCCUGAAUGGUUGGAAGCUUUCCCUUCUGUAUCUCAGCUAGCACUCCCGAGAACAACCUCCGAUCAUUGUCCAAUUUUGUUACCGGAAGACGACAAUGACUGGGGCCCUAAACCUUUCAGAUUCAACUCCUCUUGGCUCUUAAUCGAAGGUUUCAGCAAACAGAUCUCCGAAUGGUGGUCGUCAUUUCAGGUGGAAGGAUUCGGAGGUCACGGACUUCUGGCCAAACUUAGGCUUCUCAAAAAUAACCUCAAACAGUGGAAGAAAUCAAUUCUCCACAAAAGAGAAAAUGAAAUGGAUUUUAUAUUACCAGAGCUCCAAAAAAUCGAUGCAGAUUCAGAAUUAUGGACAAUGUCCUCAGAAGUGUUGGGCCAAAGAAUUCAACUUAUCCAAUCCAUUUCUACAAGAGACUCUGGAAAAUGA